GGCUAACUUGACGGUGGUAUGUGGAAAAAAGACACUUGUAUAGGAGAGAAAAGGAGAGCGUAGACGUGUGGGAAUCGAUUAAAAAACUCCGGUGUUGUCAGGUGGCAGAGAGCCUACGGAGACCGACACCGUGAAAACAAAACCAAACGAUUCGGUUGGAUUUGGGGUAGUUUCUUUCACCUGAGUUCAUUUAUUUGCACCGAUAAAGGAUGUCUGGACAGAGCAUUACAGACAGGAUAACCGCCGCUCAACACAGUGUCACCGGGUCGGCGAUUUCCAAAACGGUGUGCAAGGCGACCACGCAUGAAAUAAUGGGGCCAAAAAAGAAACAUUUGGAUUACCUGAUUCAGUGCACCAAUGAGAUGAAUGUGAACAUCCCUCAACUGGCUGACACACUGUUUGAGAGGACUACCAACACCAGCUGGGUGGUGGUCUUCAAGUCCCUCACCACCACGCAUCAUCUAAUGGUCUACGGCAAUGAGAGAUUUAUACAGUAUCUGGCUUCAAGAAACACACUAUUCAACCUCAGCAAUUUUUUGGACAAAAGUGGCCUACAAGGUUAUGACAUGUCAACGUUCAUCAGGAGGUAUAGCCGCUACCUUAAUGAGAAGGCUGUGUCCUACAGACAAGUCGCUUUUGACUUUACUAAAGUGAAAAGAGGGUCUGAUGGAGUGAUGAGAACUAUGAACACAGAGAAGCUCCUUAAGACAAUCCCAAUCAUCCAGAAUCAGAUGGAUGUCUUACUUGAUUUUAAUGUCAAUGCCAAUGAGCUGACAAACGGUGUGAUCAACGCAGCCUUCAUGCUUUUGUUCAAAGAUGCCAUCCGACUGUUCGCAGCCUACAACGAGGGCAUCAUCAACCUCCUGGAGAAGUACUUUGACAUGAAGAAAGUUCAAUGCAAAGAAGGCCUUGACAUCUACAAGAAAUUCCUCACACGAAUGACAAGGAUCUCAGAGUUCCUCAAAGUUGCAGAGCAAGUGGGAAUUGAUCGAGGGGACAUUCCUGAUCUCUCUCAGGCCCCCAGCAGCCUGUUGGAUGCCCUGGAGCAGCAUUUGGCCUCCUUAGAGGGAAAGAAAGUCAAAGACUCCACAGCAGCCAGCAGGGCUAGCACUCUCUCCAGCGCCGUCUCCUCUCUGGCCAACACCGGCAUAUCUUUCACCAAAGUGGACGAGAGGGAAAAACAGGCAGCCCUGGAGGAAGAGCAGGCUCGCCUAAAAGCACUGAAAGAGCAGCGUCUGAAGGAGCUGCAGAAGAAUCCUGCUGCAGCAACCACAGACUCCUCUCCUAUCUCCACGGUGGGCGGGACCAUCAACUCUGCCCCAGCCAUCGACCUCUUCUCCACCCCUAGCUCCACUAACAGCACUUCCAAGGCAGCCAAUGACCUGCUGGACCUGCAGCCGGCUUUCCAGCAGCCACUGCCUCUUUCCACCGCCAAUACAUGGGGAGAUCCUUUCACCUCUGCUGCCGAGGCUGUGGAGGAAUCCAUUCCAAACUCAAAUCCUUUCCUCACACUACCUGUUGUCGAUGCUGUCCACCCGUCCACGGCGUCCUCGGACGCUGGUAGUCUAUCCUCUAGGACACCCAGCCAUGAAGUGUUCGAUCAUUACAAUCCCUUUUUUGAUUCAAGCUCUUCCCUGGCAUCUGACUUUGAUUCCUCAGUGCAGAUAGAGCAUUUUAUCACAGACUCCUUCUGUGGGCCAACCCCUUACACCACCACCCCUCUCUUCCAAUCUGAGCCCCCUGCUGUAGCUGGUCUAUUCAGAGGGUUUUCAGCCUCCCCGACGCCCCAGCAGCCACAGAACCCCCGAGGCCUUAAUGUCGACUUUGACUCUGUGUUUGGCAACAACACAAACGCCAACAAUCUGGACUCUGCGGACGAUGUUUUAGGUGGCAUACUCAAACCCACAGUGGCCAACUCACCCAAUCAGGGCCUGCCCCUCAGCUCCCAACAGCCCAGCAAGCUCGUGUCCGAUGACCUGGACUCCUCAUUGGCCAAUCUUGUCGGCAAUUUGGGAAUUAGCAACGGCACAACAAAGAAUGAUCUUCACUGGAGUCAGCCUGGUGAAAAGAAGCUGACAGGUGGAACUAACUGGCAACCCAAGACUGCUCCCUCCACCACCUGGAACCCUGCAACCAUGGCACCAUCUGUCAUGGCCUUCCCUGCAACCACACCGACGGGCAUGAUGGCAUAUGCAAUGCCUCCUCACAUGGGCUCGAUGAUGAUGACGACACAGCCCACUGUGAUGUACACCCAGCCAGUGAUGAGGCCAGCCAACCCUUUCGGCCCCGCUCCUGGUGCACAGUCGCCCACAACCUCUAGUCCCUCCAGUCUCAGCCCCCUCAGAGCGCCAGGAAAGGACCCCUUUGCACAGCUCUAUCUCCAGAAUUUCUUAUAGAGCGUCUUUAGGUACAGCUUGUCCUGUGUGUGUGCUUUAUUUGCAUCUUGAGGUCCCAGUUGGGUCAGCAUGUUCAUACCUUUUGAUUGCCCCCACCACCCACCCUCCCCCCACCUUGAGCAUCACUCUCGUAAAAAUGGUCGCUUUUGGUGCCAGUCGCAACAGUUCCCUGUAAGGUGCCACCACACUCGACCUCCCCUGUUGGCUGCUUUGCACACGCUGCACUCUGCACAGACGCCUGUCCUGUACUAAAUAAAGACUCAUCUAGCUGAGGGAUGCUUUCUCUGCACUACACUAAGACAGUAUUUUUACAGGACUAGUAUUAUAUUUGGUUGUCAAAAAUUGAAAAUUACACCCUUACUUUGUUUUCCAAAGGUGUCUUUGCAUAGAAGAAGUUUUUACUGAGUGGACACUGAUCGAAACCUGCCUGCAAAUUUAAUCAUCACAGUGCACAAAUUAAACAUGUUCUAACCGCUAAUCUACAAUGAAAUAGUAUAAAGGAUAUACCAGAUAUAAAAGUAUAUUAUAGAUCAGUGGUUCUUACACACCUUGUUUCUGAUUAGUCCAGUAGCACCUCAGAAAUUUCAGCAUCAGAAUUACUGCAGAUUCAACUAAAAUCAAAACAGAGAUGGCAGGUCUGGAUGUGUUUAAACAGUUAAUCAGUGACUCAUCGGAUGAGAUCAUAGAUUUUCACCUUCCACUGUAGACACAGGAUUAAAUAUUAAUCACCAGUGAUACUAGUCUCAUGUGAAUAGGAAUGAAGGCUUUGUUUUGCAUAUGAGCUUCAUAUUUUAUUUGGUUUGCUUUUUGUUUUGUGUUGUAGCUGAUGUAUGUGCCUCCAUUGGGCAGAUCGAGAGAGUUUUACUGGACAAUUAAAUAAUUGAGUAGAAAAAAGACACAGGUCUCGAAUUUCUGGAGCUACAACCAGCUGCCCUUUUCCAACUUAAGAGCUGACA